CCGUUGCGGUCAGUUUCUCUUCGUUUACUCUGUGUGCGUUUCUGUGUUAAUCUUUCUGAUUGUGGUUUUGGUUUCUCUCGCCUUGCAGAUACUGAUAACGGUGUUAUCUUCACUGGUACAUAAGAAUUUUUCCUUACACAAUGAGGUCACUGAAUUACAGGUAUGAUCAAUGAUGAAUGAUGAUCCUGUACGAUUGUCUCGAAUAUCUCUUUCGAUCUCGUUGGAGAGAUAUUUCUCCAUAUAGUGGAUUUAGUGACAAUGGAGAUUGUAGUAAUGUAAUGCAUGUUCAAACUAAUUUGGUAAUCCAUGAAUUGCUUAAGAGCAGUUGCUGUUUGUACUUCGUUGUUUCGAUUUUUUUUUCGUUUUUUGCCAUUAGGGUUUGGACUCUGGAUGGAGAAAUGUUUAUAAGCAUUUGUGUUGAUUUCCGAGGAUAAUAUUACUACUUUCAUUUGAUCCGUAAGUUGAUUUAGUUGAAGAAAUGAUGGCAUCACGGGUCGAAGUUUUUUCCGAAAACAAUUUGUCGAGUAUAGAUGUUUGCAGUACUAGUUGACCUUAUAACAACUUCAUCGUGCUUUUCGCCGCAUGUCCGAUUAUUCUUUUACUUCUGUUAUGCAGGACCGAAUUUCCAAGCUCAAUGUGAAACUCAAACUUUGCAAUCUGUCGGACUCUAUAGAUAUGGGCGAUUUGUCACCACAGGAUGUUUCUGUCGACAAUUUUUCUAGCAAGAGUCUAAAAAUUGCAGCAUUAGCUAUUUCGAUCACAUUUUUAUCCCUCCCUUUCUUUGUCGUCAAGUAUGUCAACUACGUCUCAAAGUCGAGAAGAUUGUUCGACAAUACUACGGAGGAAAUCUCUUUGAAUAAGCAGCUAGCAUAUAAGGUUGACGUUUUUUUAUCAGUUACCCCAUAUGCUAAGCCUCUAGCACUGUUAGUUGCUACUCUGUUGUUGAUAUGUGUCGGUGGGUUGUCACUUUUCGGCGUGACAGAUGGCAGUUUAGCCGAUUCCCUUUGGUUGUCAUGGACGUACGUAGCAGACUCGGGUAAUCAUGCCAAUUCCGAAGGACUCGGUCCGAGACUAGUGUCGGUUUCGAUUAGUUUUGGUGGGAUGCUUAUAUUUGCCAUGAUGCUUGGACUUGUUUCCGAUGCGAUUUCUGAAAAGUUCGACUCUCUGCGGAAGGGAAGAAGUGAAGUUGUUGAAAAAAACCACACUCUUAUACUUGGGUGGAGUAAUAAGUUGGGAUCGUUACUGAAUCAACUUGCCAUAGCUAAUGAGAGUAUGGGUGGAGGAAUAGUGGUCGUCAUGGCUGAACGAGACAAAGAAGAUAUGGAGCUCGACAUUGGUAAAAUGGAGUUUGACUUCAGAGGAACAUCUGUCAUAUGCAGAAGUGGGAGCCCUCUGAUAUUAGCUGACCUGAAAAAGGUAUCCGUUUCAAAAGCUCGAGCAAUAAUUGUCCUUGCCGACGAUGGAAAUGCUGACCAGAGUGAUGCCCGUGCAUUAAGGACGGUCUUAAGCCUAACAGGAGUGAAAGAAGGAUUGAAUGGACACAUUGUAGUUGAAUUAAGCGAUCUUGAUAACGAAGUCCUUGUGAAACUUGUCGGUGGGGAUCUCGUUGAAACUGUUGUUGCUCACGAUGUAAUCGGUAGGCUGAUGAUUCAAUGUGCUCGUCAGCCAGGCCUUGCUCAGAUAUGGGAAGACAUUCUUGGGUUUGAAAAUUGCGAGUUUUAUUUUAAAAGGUGGCCGAAGUUGUAUGGAAUGCAAUUCGAGGAUGUGUUGAUUAGCUUCCCGGAGGCCAUUCCUUGUGGGGUGAAGGUAGCAUCACACGGUGGAAAAAUUAUUCUAAAUCCCGAAGACAGUUAUGUUCUGCAAGAAGGAGACGAGAUUCUUGUUAUUGCGGAGGAUGAUGACAGCUAUGCUCCAUCGGAUAUUCCCAUGGUCAAAGAUGCCAAAUUCAUACACAUUACCCGACCGACAAGAAAGCCUCAGAAGAUUCUACUUUGUGGAUGGAGGAGAGACAUUGAUGAUAUGAUUGUGGUACUGGAUGCUUUUUUAGCAGAAGGGUCGGAGCUGUGGAUGUUCAAUGAAGUUGCUGAGAAUGAAAGAGAGAGAAAGCUUGAAGAUGGUGGACUUGACAUCGACCGUUUGGUCAAUAUUAAGCUCAUUAAUCGAGAAGGAAAUGCUGUCAUAAGGCGUCACCUUGAAAGCCUUCCAUUGGAAUCUUUUGAUUCGAUAUUAAUCUUGGCCGAUGAAUCGGUGGAAGAUUCAGCAAUUCAGGCUGAUUCCAGAUCUCUUGCAACGUUACUACUAAUACGUGACAUUCAGGCAAAACGACUACCAUACAGAGAAGCUUUGGUUUCACAAGGGUCGUGGAUGGGGGAAAUGCAGCAGGCUUCGGAUAAAUCAGUCAUAAUCAGUGAAAUUCUCGACCCAAGGACUAAAAAUCUAUUAUCCAUGUCAAAGAUUAGCGAUUAUGUUUUGUCGAACGAGCUUGUCAGCAUGGCACUGGCCAUGGUUGCAGAAGAUCGCCAGAUAAACGAUGUACUAGAAGAACUUUUUGCUGAAGAGGGCAAUGAGUUGCACAUAAGAGGAGCGAAUCUUUAUAUUCACGAAGAUGAAGAAUUGAGUUUCUAUGAAAUACUAUUACGUGCUCGACAAAGAAGAGAGAUAGUGAUUGGUUACCGCCCAGCUGACACAGGGAAAGCUGUAAUCAAUCCUUCGUCCAAAAACGAGAGACGAAAAUGGUCACUGAAGGAUGUAUUUGUGGUAAUAGCUGACAAGGAGUGAGUUGCUAUUUUGAGCUCUUCCUUGUGUCUAAAUACGAGUUCGAAAUUCGCUGCAAUUUUUGGACCAGACUACAUAUGGCUUCACUCACUCUGCGCCAUUCCGUUAGCUGGGAGGACUGGGCCCCGCCAAGAAACGCAUCCGGCGUA